UUUCUUUGCUUGUUAUUUGUUAGCAAAUUGCAAGUUAGAAGCAACAAUACACCAACGGCAACGAUGAUGAUGUCAAUUUUCAGUCCCUUUGAUGCUCUUUCUGCUGAGGUUUGUGGGCAGAAGUUGAGUUUUUCUAAAGCACUCACUACUCAUGACAAAACACAACAAGGCGUUGGAACUCUUGUAACAAAUAGCCAAGCCGUUGCUUCUCCGCCGUCUACUUCUUCUAUUGCUGUUCUGAACAAGGCCGGAGAGGCAUCAUCUUCGUGCCAAAAUCAGCAGAAGAGGCAGAGAUUCGCUCUGGAAUUUGACGGUGUUCACUGUUUCGAAACUAUCAUUACCUAUUGAUUUUUGUUUUUACUAAAAUUACGAGAUUGAAAACUGAUUAUGAUAUAUACAAUUUUUUGGAUUCGGA